AAAAAUAUUCCUUAUGAUCUCUUUUCAAAUCCCACCAAAAAAAACUACUUUUUUUUUCUUAAUUACCAAAAUUAUUAUUCCAUUAAAAAAUGGGAUUAAGGGAUAUUGGAUCAACUUUACCACCAGGAUUUAGAUUUUAUCCCAGUGAUGAAGAAUUAAUUUGUCAUUAUCUUUAUAAAAAAAUUGCUAAUCAAGAAGUUAUUAAAGGAACUUUAAUUGAAAUUGAUCUUCAUACUUGUGAGCCAUGGCAACUUCCUGAGGUGGCAAAAUUAAACUCGAACGAAUGGUAUUUCUUCAGUUUUAGAGAUCGAAAAUAUGCAACCGGUUUUCGAACGAACAGGGCUACAAUUUCAGGAUAUUGGAAAGCUACAGGCAAAGAUAGAACAGUGUUUGAUCCUCAAACAGGUGAACUCAUUGGCAUGAGAAAAACUUUGGUUUUUUACAAGAAUAGAGCUCCUCAUGGUAUUAAAACUGGAUGGAUUAUGCAUGAAUUUCGUAUCGAAAAUCCUCAUAUACCUCCUAAGGAAGAUUGGGUGUUAUGUAGAGUAUUUCACAAAGGAACUAAAGAUGAAAACAUCAAUAGUACUAACAAACUCAGUCCAAAAAACAUGUAUGAGGCUAGUGUUACAUCAAUCAAUAUUAUGGACAAUCAUGAAGCAACCAUGCCUAAAUUAUUGCCCUAUGGUGAUGCCGGAUAUCGCCCAUCGACUGCACUCAGUUUCUCAAAUAACUCUAUCCAUCAAAGCCAGAACUCGAGCAAUCUUCAAUUGUCACAAGAAAUAAAUUACAAAGCUCUAGCAAAUGAAAUGAUUCACUCAAAAUGUGGCAAGGAGGAUGAGUUUGGAUUCUUGUUUGACAUGAAUUAUUUUGAAGAAUCAAAUUUACAAGACGGAGGGGUUAUUAAUUCUUGCCUUGACGGGGACAUGAAAUUUGAGGAUGAAAAUAGUUUGGUUUUUAUUUAAAAUUUAUUAUUAGUCAUAGUUAUUAUUAAUUUGUUUGAUUAUUGUUUGUAGAAAAACAAAAGAAAUACAUUAAAUAUUGUUUGUAGAACAUGUGAAUAUAAAUCUUAGUGUUUGCUUGUGAGUU